ACGAAGGUAGUCUACUUGUAACGGUAUCCCAUCGAUAUCGUGGGAUCUCGGUUUGUAUAUAUAUCCCUCAUAUGAGCCACGCACGCGGAAAAAGUCUCCGUCGUCACUUCCGAGCGCCGCUUCCGAGUGCUCGACGCGCCAUGACCGCCGGCGCCGUCGCCGCCGCGGUCGUAUCGGCGCCCGCGCGGUCCAUCGGGACGCGUCGCUACGGGCGCCGGGGGGGAGCCACCCGUCACGCGCGCGCCUCCCUCUCGGACCCGGGUUUCGCGGCGGACGACGCGCGAUGGGACGCCGCGUGGACCUCCGUGCGAGACGCGUCCACGCGCGUCGCGUUCAUCGACGGCGACGCGCGACGCGCCCUGCGCGCGCGGCUGACCCGAACGAAUCUCCGAGAAGCGCUCGCCGCGAUUCCGGGGGAGGUGCACCUGCGCGCGGAGGUGCGCACGGGCGCGAGCGAGGCGCUCGCGGACGUUCGGGCCAUGGACCUCCACGGCGGCCUGUUCGGACACGUCGACGCGGGCGCGACGGACGACGGCGUGAGGCGGGGCAUCGAGACGCUGGAGCGCGACAUCGCCGACGUGGUCCGAUCGUUCGGGAAGACGUGCGGCGAGACGAGCGCGGUGGUCCAGGUGUCGCUGCUGCGCAAGACGCUGUGCUCCAAGUACCACGUGGACUGGGUGCCGCUGCGAGCGAUGGUGACCUACUUCGGCGAUGGGACGGAGGUGCUGUCGGCGGCCGCCAGCGACGCCAUCACGCGCGCCAGGGCGCUCGGACCCUUCGCCGAGGAUCUCGCCAAGUCUCUCGCGGCGGCGACGGCCGUGUCUAAAUCGUGUAAGAGCGGGGAGUGCGACGUGGUGCUGAUGAAGGGAGAGCGAUGGCCCGGGAACGCGGGGCGAGCGAUCGUGCACAGAUCCCCGGACGUGGACGGGGACGCGGGGGAGUGGCGGCUGUGCGUGCGGGUGGACGCGCCGCGGUGGGUGAACCCGGCGACGAACGAGUAA